UGACCCACUUACCUUUCCGAGUUCAAAUCAGAAUUAGGAUAUGGAAAACAGAAUUUGAGAGAGGAUCAUGGCGACUGCUGAAAACUUCAAGGUGGUAGUGGUUCCGUCGGAUCGUCUUUCACGCCCCCUUACAUCAUCUGACCACCAUGAAACCACCACCGAAGAGAACUGGCAUGAUUGCCCUUCCGAUCUUGCCUAUAACGACGAUGAAUUCCCAGCUCUUGAUGCUUUGCAAUUCUUCCGCCUUGAAUCUGGUUCUGAUAAAUCUGGCAAUCGCAUAUUUCGAAUUGUUGGCAAAUACUUCCCCGCCCCAGUAAUUGGAGGCGAAUGGCUGAAGAAGUACAUUAUACACAAAAUCUCUUCAGAGUUGCCAGAAGGACCAUUCUGCAUUGUCUACAUGCACUCGACCGUGAGGAAAGAAUAUAACAACCCUGGAAUCACCAUCUUGAGGUGGAUCUACGAAGAGCUUCCUUCAGACUUCAAGGACAGGCUUCAGGUUCUCUACUUUGUUCAUCCUGGAUUGCGCUCUAGGCUUCUUAUUGCUACUCUUGGCCGCUUCCUGUUAAGUGGAGGGUUAUAUUGGAAGGUGAAGUAUGUUAGUCGGCUGCAGUAUCUGUGGCAUGAUAUGAAGAAAGGAUCAAUUGAGAUUCCCGACUUUGUAGUUGAACACGAUGAUGUUCUUGAACAUAGGCCACUGACGGAUUACGGAAUUGAACCCGACCCCCUUCACUUCACCGGGCUUCCUUCCAACAAUAUCCCGUAUGGGAGGUAUGAAGAUCGGUGGACGACUAGUUAACUUUAAAGAGCUUGUUUAAAUAGCUAAAGAAGUUGUCCUUGCUGCUGCUGCUGCUGUUACUUUGAUGCAAACCAAAUUAAGCGUUGUGUAGAAGCAUAAGAACAAGUAACUAAUUAUGGACCAAUUUGUGUUUAAUAUAAAUUAGCAUGUUUAAGAGUCAUAUUUUUU